CCGCGGGGCUGAGUGCAAUGUUGUCAAUUUCCUGAAGCCUGACACUGGAAAUAAAGGUUCCAGGAAGCCUGACGCUGGAAACAAAGGUUCCAGGAAGCCUGACGCUGGAAGCAAAGGUUCCAGGAAGCCUGACGCUAGAAACAAAGGUUCCAGGAAGCCUGACGCUAGAAACAAAGGUUCCAGGAAGCCUGACGCUGGAAGCAAAGGUUCCAGGAAGCCUGACGCUGGAAGCAAAGGUUCCAGGAAGCCUGACGCUAGAAACAAAGGUUCCAGGAAGCUGACGCUAGAAACAAAGGUUCCAGGAAGCCUGACGCUGGAAGCAAAGGUUCCAGGAAGCCUGACGCUGGAAGCAAAGGUUCCAGGAAGCCUGACGCUAGAAACAAAGGUUCCAGGAAGCCUGACGCUAGAAACAAAGGUUCCAGGAAGCCUGACGCUGGAAGCAAAGGUUCUAGGAAACCUGACGCUGGAAGCAAAGGUUCCAGGAAGCCUGACGCUAGAAACAAAGGUUCCAGGAAGCCUGACGCUAGAAACAAAGGUUCCAGGAAGCCUGACGCUAGAAACAAAGGUUCCAGGAAGCCUGACGCUGGAAACAAAGGUUCCAGGAAGCCUGAGGCUGGAAGCAAAGGUUCCAGGAAGCCUGACGCUGGAAGCAAAGGUUCCAGGAAGCCUGACGCUAGAAACAAAGGUUCCAGGAAGCCUGACGCUAGAAACAAAGGUUCCAGGAAGCCUGACGCUAGAAACAAAGGUUCCAGGAAGCCUGACGCUAGAAACAAUGGUUCCAGGAAGCCUGACGAAGCCUGACGCUAGAAACAAAGGUUCCAGGAAGCCUUACGCUAGAAACAAAGGUUCCAGGAAGCCUUACGCUAGAAACAAAGGUUCCAGGAAGCCUGACGCUAGAAACAAAGGUUCCAGAAAGCCUGACGCUGGAAGCAAAGGUUCCAGGAAGCCUGACGCUGGAAGCAAAGGUUCCAGGAAGCCUGCCGCUGGAAGCAAAGGUUCCAGGAAGCCUGACGCUGGACACAAAGGUUCCAGGAAGCCUGAGGCUGCAAACAAAGGUUCCUGGAAGCCUGAGGCUGCAAACAAAGGUUCCAGCCUGCAGCUGGAAACAAAGGUUCCAGGAAGCCUGACGCUGGAAGCAAAGGUUCCAGGAAGCCUCCCGCUGGAAGCAAAGGUUCCAGGAAGCCGGACGCUGGACUCAAAGGUUCCAGGAAGCCUGAGGCUGCAAACAAAGAUUCCAGGAAGCCUGAGGCUGGAAACAAAGGUUCCAGGAAGCCUGACGCUGGAAGCAAAGGUUCCAGGAAGCCUGACGCUGGACACAAAGGUUCCAGGAAGCCCAACGCUAGAAACAAAGGUUCCAGGAAACCUGACGGUGAAAACAAAGGUUCCAGGAAUCCUGACGCUAGAAACAAAGGUUCCAGGAAGCCUGACGCUGAAAACAAAGGUUCCAGGAAGCCUGACGCUGGAAGCAAAGCUUCCAGGAAGCCUAACGUUAGACACAAAGUUUCCAGGAAGCCUGACGCAAGAAACAAAGGUUACAGGAAGCCUAACGUUAGACACAAAGCUUCCAGGAAGCCUGACGCUGGAAACAAAGGUUCCAGGAAGCCUAACGUUAGACUCAAAGUUUUCAGGAAGCCUAACGUUAGACUCAAAGUUUUCAGGAAGCCUGACGCUAGAAACAAAGGUUCCAGGAAGCCUAACGUUAGACACAAAGUUUCCAGGAAGCCUGCCGCUGGAAACAAAGGUUCCAGGAAGCCUAACGUUAGACACAAAGUUUCCAGGAAGCCUGACGCUAGACACAAAAGUUCCAGGAAGCCUGCCGCUGGAAAUAAAGGUUCCAGGAAGCCUGACGCUGGAAGCAAAGGUUCCAGGAAGCCUGCCGCUGGAAGCAAAGGUUCCAGGAAGCCUGACGCUGGAAGCAAAGGUUCCAGGAAGCCUGACGCUGGAAACAAAGGUUCCAAGAAGCCUGACGCUGGAAAGAAAGGUUCCAGGAAGCCUGACGCUGGAAACAAAGCUACCAGGAAGCCUGACGCUGAAAACAAAGGUUCCAGGAAGCCUGACGCUGGAAGCAAAGGUUCCAGGAAGCCUGACGCUGGAAACAAAGCUACCAGGAAGCCUGACGCUGAAAACAAAGAUUCCAGGAAGCCUGACGCUGGAAGCAAAGGUUCCAGGAAGCCUGACGCUGGAAACAAAGGUUCCAGGAAGCCUGACGCUGGAAACAAAGCUUCCAGGAAGCCUGACGCUGAAAACAAAGGUUCCAGGAAGCCUGACGCUGGAAGCAAAGGUUCCAGGAAGCCUGCCGCUGGAAACAAAGGUUCCAGGAAGCCUAACGUUAGACACAAAGGUUCCAGGAAGCCUGACGCUAAAAACAAAGGUUCCAGGAAGCAUGACGCUGGAAACAAAGGUUCCAGGAAGCCUGACGCUGGAAACAAAGGUUCCAGGAAGCCUGACGCUAGAAUCAAAGGUUCCAGGAAACCUGACGCUAGAAACAAAGGUUCCAGGAAGCCUGACGCUAGACACAAAAGUUCCAGGAAGCCUGCCGCUGGAAACAAAGGUUCCAAGAAGCCUGACGCUGGAAGCAAAGGUUCCAGGAAGCCUGCCGCUGGAAACAAAGGUUCCAGGAAGCCUGAUGCUAGAAACAUAG